AUGAGCACGCAGCGGCGGACGCGGCUGUGGGCGGCGCAGGCGCGGGCGGAGGCGGAGGCGGCGGCGCUGCCGUUUCCGCUGGCGCUGCGCGACCUGGUGCAGGGCCUGUUUGAUGAGAGCGUGCUGGGGCUGCCGCGGCUGGUGCUGCUCUCGGUCCCCGGCUACCGCAGCAACGGCCCAGUCGCAAAGGGCUACGACCAUGGCGGCGGCGGCAUGUGCACAGAUACCACUCUCGGCGGCCCUGACACUCGCGGCAGCAAGGGGGCGCGCCGCGGCGGUGAAGGCAGCGACGAUGUUGAGGGCAGGGACCGGAAGCGGUCGCGGCGGGAGGGCAUGCAGGAUGUCGACGGGGCUGGUGACAUCAGCGGCGCCGAUGACGUCAGCGGCGGCGGCGGCGGCAGCGAAACACCCCGGCCGGGGGGGGCUGAUGGCGGCAGCGGCGGCGGCCGCGACGGAGGGACCAGUCUGCCGCCGCCAUACAACCAGCAGCAGCAGCAGCCGCCCUUGCAGGCGGCGCAGCAGCCGCAGCAGCAGCCGCAGCCGCAGCAGCCGCAGCAGCCGCAGCAGCAGCAGCAGCAACAGCAGGAGGAGCAGCAGCAGCGGCAGCAGCAGCAGCUGCAGCAGCAGCAGCUGCAGCAGCAGCAGCUGCAGCAGCAGCAGCGGCAGCAGCAGCAGCAGAUGCUUCGGACCCUCCCCGGCCCUGGGCUUGGAUUGCCAGCCAGCUCUGCAGUGACCCAGCCAACCGCGCCCUUUGGUGGUGAUGCGUCGCCUCAGGUGGCUGCGCCGUUGGCUGCAAUCACCGGCGGCCCGGCAGCCAGCUGGGCGCCGCCACCUUCGUAUCUCAGCAUGCAGCCACCAGCAGCGGCAUGGUGGUCCCAGCAGCAGCAGCCGCAACAGCAGCAGCAGCAGCAGCAGCAGCAGCAGCAGCAGCAGCAGCAGCAGCAGCAGCAGCAGCAGCAGCAGCAGCAGCAACAGCAAUCUUUGAGCAGUGGGGCUGACUGCAGGACCGGCGGCACCAGCGGCGUUGGCGACGGCAGCGGCGGGGGCGGCAGCGGCGAUGGCGGCGGCGGCGGAGGUGGCGGGGCUCAGCUGCUGAGCGAAGGCGUGGACCGCGGCGGCGGCGGCGGCGGUGCUGAGGAGGCCGAGGGCGUGGAGGCCACCCUGAGCACCGGGGGCAUGCUCCUGCCAGGUGAGGAGCUGUUCCCACGGCUGGGGGCACUGAUAGAGUACCUGUCGGGAUUCAGGGACGAGGAGGGGUUCCACGGCAUCGUCUUCUGCAAGAAACGGCAGGUCGUGUUCCAUGUUGCUGCCGCCCUGAGGGCCCACCCAGAGCUUGCAUUCCUGGACGAGGUGCUGGAGUUUGUGGGUGUCAAUGACUCCAGCGCAGGCGGCUCGGGCGGCGCGGGGCUCGGAGGGGCCGGCGGCGGGCCUGGCGGCGCGGGCCUGGCCCUGCUGCUGGGCUGUGGCGGUGGCGCCCUGGCAAAGGAUCCCUACGUGAAGGGCAUGAGUGGCCGCACACAGCAGCGCGUCAUCGCGCGGUUCAGGGUCCCUGGCAAGCGGCUUCUGGUGGCGACGUCAGCGGCUGAGGAGGGGGUGGACGUGCCGUCAUGCAACUGCGUGGUGCGGUACAACGUGGCUGCCAGCGGUACGCAGCGCGUCCAGAGCCGCGGCCGCGCGCGCGCCAGGGCCUCCGAAUUCCUGGAGCUGGUCUCGGCCCCAG